AUGGCUAAUCCCACAAAUGUAGAUAGCCACUUUGAUGAUAAAGCGAAUGUGGAUGAAGUUAUAAGUAAUCUAAAUAAUAUAUUUCCAAGUAUACUGGUUAAUGACCUUAGAGCUAGAGUCAACUCAUCUGACGACAUCAAUCAUCUCGUGGAACAGUUAAUUCAAGAGAAUUCAUCUACGAAUAACGAAUCUAGUAAUUUGCAUAAUACUGCUCUGAAUAUCCAAGAUCUUAUAGAUGUUUUUCCAGAAGAGGAUGCAGAUUUUUUGGAGAGAAUUUUGAAGGCUUAUGAUGGAAAUGUAAUUCAAGCAUGCAAUUAUUUAUUUAAUAAUCCGGCUGAGAGCGCAUCUGUGAAAGAGGAUAAUGUUAGUGAGAUUCAAGAUUUAACAGGGGUCCAGGCUACUGAAGUGGAAGCUUAUCUCCAAAAGAAUUCUGAGGAUCCAGUGAGAGCCUUACUUGACAUAGUAUUUAGUUCUUUCGGUGAUGCUAAAUGUAAAGACAAACAUUUCAAAAGGAGAGUUCAAGGAACAGCAAGUCAAGGAACUAAGGAAGCGGAUUUGCCCUAUAUAUACGAUGAAGGGUCAAGAGAAGCCCUGGAGCUCAAGUCCUUAUGCCUUGCGAAUCCCGAAAUGAACAAGAUGAAUUAUGAGUUAUUUGAGAGAGGACUCGUACUCUGCAAAGGAAAUGUUGAUAAAGUUAUCCAAAUAGCUACGUAUAUAUUAGACCAUACUGGGAUUGAUAUUACACACGAAUACGGAACGCCUGUUAAAAAAACUGAUUCGUUAUCAACUAUUUUACAAAAGGCUUCCAGAAAGAGACAAAACAAAGUCUCACUCACUCCAAAAAUAAAUAUUGCUCUUCCCAAGAAAACCGACUCAAAGCUGAGGCUAUCUCAUAGUGCAUUGCAUCUGUCUAAAUUUUCAGCUGACGAGCAAUCGCUUAUGGACCAAAGAUGGCUGUUAUUAGAGCAAUCCGGCUCUUUGGAUUUGCAUAUGCUUUCUCUGGCAGCCGCUACAGAACUAGCUAAAGAAGCAGCAUUUGACUGGUGGAAAUUAGAAUUAGAUGCUCGUCAAGCUGAUGGAAACUUCCUGAAGUUCGGAUCGCUGGCCAUAUUUAUUCAACCUCUUCGUAUCAUUACAGGUAGAGGUCUUCACUCCGCCAAUGGGGUUUCCAAGAUCAAGAAUUCAGUGAAAAGAGUCUUGUCGUCUCAGUUAUUCAUCUUUGAAGAAUUACCUGGUAGUCUACAAGUCAUUGGUAAGCGUCUUAGAUGA